UACUUAAAAUGGCGGUAGAUGAGAGGGCGUGGCCGGGCGCGCGCGGCGCAUGCUGGGACUCGCGCUGUGUGCCGGGAAGGGGCGGAGCGCUGCCGCGCCGGCGCGUCUAGAGAGAGGCAGCCGCGGAGAUGGACGUGUUCCUCAUGAUCCGGCGCCACAAGACCACCAUCUUCACGGACGCCAAGGAGUCGAGCACCGUGUUCGAGCUGAAGCGCAUCGUCGAGGGCAUUCUCAAGCGGCCGCCCGACGAGCAGAGACUUUACAAGGAUGACCAGCUACUAGAUGAUGGCAAAACGCUGGGCGAGUGUGGUUUUACCAGCCAGACAGCAAGGCCACAAGCCCCAGCCACAGUGGGCCUGGCCUUCCGGGCAGAUGACACCUUUGAGGCCCUACGCAUUGAGCCCUUCUCUAGCCCACCGGAGCUUCCAGAUGUCAUGAAGCCUCAGGACUCUGGAGGUAGCGCCAAUGAACAAGCUGUGCAGUGAGGCCCUUUGCCCCAAUAAAGAGAUUUGUGUUUCUGCC